UCCGGCCGGGGUGUCACGUGUCCCCGCGCCGUCCCGCGCCGCCAUUGGCCGCGCGCGGGCGGACCCGGAAGCGGCGGCGGUUUCCUUGGCUACGCCCGCGGGAUGGCGGCGGGGCCGGGCCGGCGGCGGGGCCGGGGCCGGGCCUAGCGGCCGCCGACAUGAACGGAGCCGCGGGCGGGCAGCCCGGCGGCCGGGGGCCCCGCUGGAGGCGGCCCUGGAGGCUGCUGGCCCUCGGGCUGCUCUCCGCCUCCUCCGUGCUGGCGGCCGCCCCGGGCGCCGGGGCCAUGAGCAAGGAGGAGAAGCGGCGGCUGGGAAACCAAGUGCUAGAAAUGUUUGAGCAUGCGUAUAGCAAUUAUAUGGAGCAUGCGUAUCCAGCUGAUGAACUCAUGCCUUUAACUUGUCGCGGACGAGUACGGGGUCAGGAACCAAGUCGAGGAGAUGUGGAUGAUGCCUUGGGAAAGUUUUCACUGACCUUGAUUGAUACCUUGGACACUCUUGUGGUGUUAAAUAAAACCAAAGAGUUUGAAGAGGCUGUAAAAAAAGUAAUAAAGGAUGUUAAUUUAGAUAACGACAUAGUUGUAUCUGUCUUUGAAACCAACAUAAGAGUCCUUGGCGGUCUCCUGGGUGGGCAUUCGGUGGCGAUUAUGCUGAAAGAAAAAGGUGAAUAUAUGCAGUGGUACAACGGUGAACUUCUGCACAUGGCAAAGGAACUAGGCUACAAGCUUUUGCCUGCUUUUAACACCACUAGUGGUCUCCCUUAUCCAAGAGUUAACUUAAAAUUUGGUGUAAGACACCCAGAAGCACGAACAGGAACAGAAACUGAUACCUGUACAGCCUGUGCAGGUACCUUGAUCCUCGAGUUUGCAGCUUUAAGCCGAUUCACAGGAACAUCUAUAUUUGAGGAAUAUGCACGGAAAGCGCUUGAUUUUAUUUGGGAGAAGAGACAGCGCAGCAGCAAUUUAGUGGGUGUUACUAUUAAUAUUCAUACUGGAGACUGGGUCCGCAAAGAUAGCGGAGUUGGAGCAGGAAUAGAUUCGUAUUAUGAAUAUUUAUUAAAAGCCUACGUCUUGCUGGGAGAUGACAGUUUCCUGGAAAGAUUUAACACGCACUACGAUGCCAUAAUGAGAUACAUUAGCCAACCACCUCUUCUUCUUGAUGUUCAUAUUCAUAAACCAAUGCUAAAUGCUAGGACCUGGAUGGAUUCUUUGCUAGCGUUCUUCCCUGGAUUGCAGGUGUUGAAGGGCGAUAUUAGACCUGCUAUUGAAACCCAUGAGAUGCUGUAUCAGGUUAUAAAAAAGCAUAACUUUCUUCCAGAGGCAUUCACAACAGACUUUAGAGUUCACUGGGCUCAGCAUCCUUUAAGGCCUGAAUUUGCUGAAAGCACUUACUUCUUGUAUAAGGCUACUGGGGACCCUUAUUAUCUAGAAGUAGGAAAAACACUCAUUGAAAACUUGAACAAGUAUGCAAGAGUACCUUGUGGGUUUGCUGCAAUGAAGGAUGUUCGUACGGGGAGUCAUGAAGACAGAAUGGACUCUUUCUUUCUGGCCGAGAUGUUUAAAUAUCUUUACCUGCUGUUUGCUGAUAAGGAAGACAUGAUUUUUGACAUCGAAGAUUAUAUCUUCACUACAGAAGCUCAUCUGCUACCACUUUGGCUUUCCACUACGAACCAAACCAUCUCUAAAAAAAACACAACUACAGAAUACACAGAGCUGGAUGACAGCAACUUUGACUGGACCUGUCCGAACACCCAGAUUCUUUUCCCAAAUGACCCUAUGUUUGCUCAAAGUAUUCGUGAACCUUUGAAAAAUGUGGUGGAUAAAAGCUGUCCGAGGGGCAUUUCCAGAGCAGAAGAGAAUCUGGGAAGUGGACCAAAACCACCAUUGAGAGCCAGAGAUUUCAUGGCCAGUAAUCCUGAACACCUGGAGAUACUGAAGAAGAUGGGAGUCAGUUUGAUCCAUCUGAAAGAUGGAAGAGUACAGUUAGUUCAGCACGCGGUACAAGCAGCAAGUUCACUCGAUGCUGAAGAUGGUUUGCGGUUCAUGCAGGAAAUGAUUGAACUCUCCAGUCAGCAACAGAAAGAGCAGCAACUACCUCCUCGUGCUGUUCAGAUUGUUUCCCACCCGUUCUUCGGCAGGGUGGUCUUGACUGCUGGACCAGCGCAGUUUGGGAUGGAUUUAUCCAAACACAAAGCAGGGACAAGAGGAUUUGUCGCAACCAUUAAGCCAUAUAAUGGAUGCUCAGAGAUCACUAAUCCUGAGGCAGUGAAAGACAAAAUUGCUCUGAUGCAGAGAGGCCAGUGUAUGUUUGCUGAAAAGGCACGCAACAUUCAAAAAGCUGGAGCAAUAGGCGGCAUUGUUAUUGAUGACAACGAGGGAAGCAGUAGUGAUACAGCUCCUCUCUUCCAAAUGGCCGGUGAUGGUAAGAAUACAGAUGACAUCAGAAUUCCCAUGCUCUUCCUCUUCAACAAGGAAGGAAACAUUAUACUGGAUGCAAUCCGCGAGUAUGAAGCUGUGGAGGUGCUUCUUUCUGAUAAAGCGAAAGAUAGAGCAACAAUCUUUAAAGGUAAAAUGAUUCCAAACUACAUUAUCGAUAGCAACUUGGAAAUGGAGAAUAUGGACCAGAAAUUAUCUGAAAAUGAUUCGCAUAAACAGAAUUCUGAAGAAGAAGCUACUUCAGCACCUCAGGAUGUUGUUGCAGAUAGUGAGGAGCCUGGAGAAGGAGGAAGCUCUGAUGUAGCUGACCCUGAUACUUUAUCCCCUGCUCACUCAGACAGUGACAGCAUUUCCAUUUCAAAUCAGGAUUCCCACGUCGCUGGAACCGAUGAGGCUAGUGCUCCGGAGCCAGCGUGUACACAAGAGGAUCACCAGCCUCAGGAACAAGAGACAGAGUCAAAUUCCAAAGUUAACUGGGAUAAUAAAGUCCAACCUAUGGAAUCUAUAUUAGCAGACUGGAACGAAGAUAUAGAAGCAUUUGAAAUGAUGGAAAAGGAUGAGCUAUGACUUGUAAUGAUAACUUAUUUGUUAGUAAAUAGAUGGAGGACUCUUUGGGUAGAAAUGAGGCCCUGAUAUCUGAGAACUAGAAAACAUAUUCAGUAUUGUGAUGAGCAACCAGGUUUUACCUGGAAAUUACCACAGAAAUCCAGGACACGCUCUUUGUAUUGUUUUAAGUUUUCCUGUUUAAAAAUGGGAAUGUGCAAUUGAAGCAUUUGUCUGGCUCUGCUGCAUGGUGCUGUAACCCAGAAGGCUCGUUCAGGGAGGGAACCAGACUCCUGCGUUCCAGGCUCCAAGAGGUCACGCUCCCUUGGCGUCUGGAAAGCAGAAGCUGAACGCGGUGAGGCUGACAUACCACGUAACGGUUAUUGAUGGGAGCGGUUAGAGGGCAGCCACUGUUCGGUUGGAGCGAAGGUGCAGUUUCACUGAUCCCCACUGAGCCGAAAGCCUUCUUUGAUAGCAGCAGGUGAAAUUCUAUUCCAAGUUAUUGUGUCUGCAAGACAGAACUAGAAGCAGUUCGGUUUUGUCCUGACAUAUCAUACUGAGACAUAGCAGCACUGCUCAUCACUCCUUCCAUCUGGUACCAUGAAGAACCACCAUGAUGACACAUGAGUUUUCCCUUCUGCUCCACUUUCCCCUAGAGAAACUCUGUAAACCAAAGGCAACGUGUACUUUGUAAGCAGGUUCCAUCAGGGAAACUUAAGGCAGCCGUGGCGUCUGCCAGAAAAAGUGUUGUGAUGUAUUGUGAAAGUUACGGGAGGGGCUGUGGUGAAGUGGCUGAGGCAGAUGUGGAGUUACAGGUAUUUCCUUUGGCCUCCCAGGUUGAAAAACUCAAAUCUACCCUGAGAUACGGAAUUUAAACUGGCAAUAUUCUCUCCAAGGACACUAAACAGAACUAGAUCAGCUAUAACAAACAUCUUCCUUUUUCUACGAGUUUGACUUCUAACAGCUUGACUCUGCUGUCGUUCUUUUUAUACACAACUUCUUUACGUGCGAUACUUUAGGCAAUGAGGCCAGUACUGGUAGUGAAGCGCAGGGCUUUGGGCUGUUGGGUCCAUAAUGGAGAUUAGAGUGGUGUGAGCUGCGAGGAUGACUGAUAAUAUGUUGCUCUGGGGUUUGGGAGGUUGUGACAGGUAAGUGCAAGUCCCAAUUUCUUCUCCCUAUUAUGAAAAACGUUAUUUAAAUAAAAAUGGGGAUGUUUAAACAACUGAGAGACAUUUUGACUGUGUCCAAAGAAACUGCCAAAACCAACUUGAUUUAUAUAAACUGCUUUUAGUGAAUUGUGGUUCAAAGAAUCGUUUUAUAUUAAAGAGUAAAUUAACACUGCCUAUAUGCUUCACCAGGCUAAAAAUCAAGGUUUAUGUUCAUCUUUACAAUGGACGAGAAAAAAAGCCCCUUUCUGAGUUGCACCUUUCAUUUAGCUGGUGGGAUGAUGCGUGCUGAAUAUGCAACUGCCAAUUAUUCCUGCCAUACUGUAUUUAUUUCUGUGUCCUCUCGUACAGUAUGAACGGAGAGAGCCCUGGCAAGUGGUGUGUACGUGUCUACUUCGUGACGCUUGCUUUCAAGAGUAUGGAAAUGCACAGGCACCUUUUGAGAGCACGCCAGUCAAUCGGAGCAUUAUCCAAACGGUAACUUGAUAUCACUAGAGUAGGAGGCAGUUUCGAGGAGGAAAUGAGGUGGUAGCAGAAUAGCAUAUAAGUGUCCUUUUGAAUAAAUUAGCUUUUAAAUGUAGUUCUAAUUCUUUUGCACAAAUAACCGUAUGGAGGCUUGGACUGAAUGAGCAGGGCUCGAGGCAGCUGGGCUUUUCAGUGGAGAAUUUCAUUUUUAUGUGUUUUUGUUUCUUUUAAGGUUUUUUUCCUCUAAAGAGUUUGCUCAUGGGAGCCUUUUAAGUGUCCUUCGUCACUUGGAGCCUGGGUGUGUGCUCGAGGGACGCUGCGCUUCCCCGGCAGCCCUGGGCUCAAAGCGACGUGGCCAAGUGCAGGCAGCUGCGGGAUCGGAGCCAUCGGGUGCAGAUCAGUUCCGCCCCGGCAGUUCUAUGAUCCGUGGGUGCUUGGUGCCACGACAGGAGCAUUUCUGUCCCUGUGCUCUCCGACGCGGUCUGCAUCUUCAUACUCUUUAGCUUUUUGGGUGGAAACAGCGUUGUCUGUGUUGCUGUAGAGGCCCUGUGGUCGCUAUGCAGAGGCUGUCGAUAUCGCAGCUAAAGGUUUGGUUUUUUUUUUUACUUGCAGCGUAUUUAGGUGUAGAUGUAAAAUUUCAUUAAAAGAUGAACUUUCCUCGCCACCACCAGCUCGUUUUUAACUGCUUUUCCCACAUCUGCUGAUAAAGCCACAGGCAUUAGCUCCCCUAUUUUAAGGGAUAUUUGAACGAUCCCAGAACUCCGUAUGGAUUCAAAGCAUCAUUUUGGUGGUGGCCUACCUCAGAGAACUCCUGCCUCCUUCCUUUUGGGUUGUUUAUUUUGCUCAGUUUCUUUUACUUUACCUAUUAAACCAUCACAAAAGCCAUAGCUUUGUUUACAGAACAGAGUAAGAUAAGGUUUUGCCUUUUGGGAAACGACUAAAUCGGGGGGCAGUUUUAUUCAGGUUAUUUUCACUUUGUGUUUCCUUACGAGGAAAUGAGCUUUAGUUCAACCUUUUCAUAUCGUUCUGAAAAUAAUUCAGUUUUCUGUCACUGUCUUCUUGGAAAGCGAAAAGAAUGUAUUCAUCAAAACUUUUGGAGAAGGGAGUAAGUGUUCUUCCCAGGUUUUUAGACGCCUCCUCAUUGUCUCUUUCUUGGUGUGGUGGUGCCCUUUUACUGGUGUGGUAUUGAACACUGAAGAAUUCAGGAAUCGCAGCUGGAGCUUGCACUUAUUCCAUGCCAUGUCCUUCAGAUCAGCCAAUUAAUUUCUUAUUCAGUUUUAGAGGAAUCGUCUCAAUUGUUUACAUUUAUUGUUUCUCAAUGAAGUUUCACAACGAGCCCGGCUCUGGUCCUCCUCCGGCCAGCGUACCCGAAGGCGUAGCGGUAGGCACGAAUAAGCGUGUGUUGAGAGGUUAAAACCAGAACAAUAUGCAAAAGGCAUCAGUCAGAACAUAGGGAAAAAAAACCAUUCUGUGAAUGAAAUAUUGUAUGUUCAGAUUUUUUAGGGUUUGGUGUUUUUUUUCAGCCCAAUUUACAGCCGUAUAUUUUCUUAUGAAAGAGGUUUAAUCCCAGGUGCUGUAACACGAUGGUUGGGUUUCACUGGUGACAAACAUAUACAAUAUUUCUAAGGGCAACUAUGUACUGUGAUGUAUAAGUCUGGGCUAAAAUGUAUAUAAUCUGUGUACAUAAUUCUGUACUUGAUUAUAAUUGCUGAUUGUAAAGAUUUAAUAAAAUGUAAAUAUUCUGGUCAAGCUGCGCUG